UGAUGCGCAGAUCUCGUGUCCACAUCCUAAUUCGCCGCCUUAAAUCGCCCUCUGCUCAUCUCUAGCAGGAUUUUAGGGAAAAAUAAAAGGAUACCCAUUAGCAAAAUGUAUUGUUGUUCGUUACCCUAAUGCUUCUUAUUGGGUUAGGCAGUGAAAAUCCCUAAAAACAAGGGGUUACUAAUCAAUAACUCCCCCUUGGCGCAUGUCAUUUAAGGCCGAGAGAGAGCGAGAGAGCUGUUUGAGCCAACGCGCAUGCUACUCCUUAUUUGGGUGGUAAAUGCACUUGGCUUAGCACCGAUUUUUUUCCGGGCGGUGCGGGGUAUAUCUGAUGCUUAGGGGUGGAUUUCGGGAUUUUCGGUUGCCCGCGGUUGCGCCGUUUACGUGGCUCAUUUUUCUUUCGCCUGCAGACGGAGGCAAGUGGCUCGGCACUUGGUUUUCCAAAUUUUCAUAUUUGGAGCCAUAUUGAUUUUCUACCGCUUGCCCGGGACUCAGAUUCAGUACAUCAUGAGCCUGAAGACCAGUGCCAGGAUCAAGAAACGCCGCUCGGAGGCGGCAUCAGCUUCGUAUCCAGUACCAGCACCAGCUCCAGUUCAGGCGGCGAAUGGCAGCGCACCCUCGACACCAAAUCCGUCAAGUAGCUCAAGCAGUCAAGGAAAUGGUGGCCAAAAUCCCUGCCAGAACUCCUCCAAGAAGCACAGUUUCGUUGGGCGCAAUCCUAAUUUCGACACCGAUGAGACCAAACUGCUCAUUCAAUUGUGGGGCGAUCCGAAACUGCAAAGAACCCUAAUCACCACCCACAAAAAGCACGCCGUGAUCUGUCAGCUGGCUGCCAAAAUGCAGGAGUAUGGAUACCACCGUUCACCGGAGGAGAUUACCACGCGGAUCAAGAAUCUCAAGUGUUUCUAUAACCGCUUAAAGAAGGACAAGGAGUGCGGAGGUACGUCCACCGAUUCGGAGCCCAGUUGGAAGCACUUUGCCGAGAUGGAUGCCAUCAUGACCAGACCCAUCUUUAGUGUGCGGCCCAAUGAAGUUCCCGCUCCAUCGCUCAAAUACCAACUGGAGCAAGCGCUAGAGGAGCACGCCGAACGUCGCAAGCGGCGGCUGGAAAACGGAGAAGAGCUCUCUGAGAGCGACAACGAGGAGGAUGACAUGCUGCUCUCCGCCCUGGUAACCAAAAACAAGGAGCCAGCCGGCAGGAAGGAACUGGAAGCUGGCUGCCUGGAAUCCGACAUGGACUUGAACGAGGAAUCCUUCGUAAAGCGUCGCAAAUUGUCCGCUGAGGUAGACGUGGACAUAGGCGAAGCGCUGACUUCACCUUGCAUAAAGAGCGAACCUGCCCAGGAGGUGGAAAUUGCUCCGGUGGACCCACCAGUGGUGACCGAACCCGAGGAGGAUGACGAUUGCAUGCUCCUGCCUCAGCCGAAGGAAGAACCCAUCGAUGUGGAUGCCUCGGAUGAUUCGCCGAAUGAGAAGUCCUCCAGUUCCAGUUCUUCGUCUACACUGGUUGAUAUGCUGCAGCGUAAUAAGCCCGCCAAUCUGCUUCCCUUCACCGGAGCAAACGUUAUUAUCCCGGCCAGUAUAACCACCACCACGGCCAGUAUUAGCUCAACCACCACUCCUAGUUCCACAAGCAACGCGAACAAACUGCAGGGCGGCAAGAUCUCGCUGGUGCCCACGAACUUCUUAAUGCAAUCCAAGCUGCCGGCUGCCGCGGGACCAAGUCCAAUGCCAGCCGUCAAGGGAGCUGCUCCCCAGCUGCAGCUGCUGCAAAGUGCCAUCAACCAGGGCGCUCGUCUGAUGAUCAGCGGAUCGGCUGCAGCACCGGCACAGCCUAGCAACGCCGGUCUGGUGGCCACCGCACCCGGAGGUGUCAAGUUUGUGUUGGUUAAUGCCGAGCAGGCCAAGGCGGCAGCAGCUGCGGCGGCUGUGGGCAAGUCCUCCGCCUCUCUACCACUGGCCACUGCCCAGGCUCAAGUUCAGGCGGCGGUUCAACAGCAACAGCAGAAGCUGCAGCAGAGCCUUCAACAGGAACAGCACCUGCAGCAACAUCAGCACAUCCACCUGGAGAAGGAGGAGAGCCGCAGGGUGCAGGAAAAGGCCAGGGAUGAUCUGCAGGCCAAGCGACACAUGACAACCAUGAGAAUCCUUCUGCGGCAUCUGCUGAGCUCGCAAAACGAGGCCAACGAGAUCCAGCACAAUCGUCUCUCCCUGGAACGCGAACGUCUGGAUUGGGAAAAGUCCAUGGGCGAACGCCUGCUCAACUUGUUGCCGAGCCUCUUGCAACCAGCGGCUGCUGCCUCUCCUUGUUCAACUGCCCAACGUAUGCAGCCACCUAAACUGCUUUUUACUACCGCCCUGCCAAUGGGCAAUGGCACCGUCACCAUGCCGCAUAUCCUGACAUCCAAUUCAUUGCCCAAGGUCAUAACCACUACAAGUUGCGCCAGCGGUGUGAUGGUUCCUGGUCCUGGAGGCGGAUUGGUUGCUAGUGUUAGCACCAAACCGGUGGACAAUGAUGUCCAGUUGGUCACACCUAAGCAGGAGAAGGAGGCCUGAACCGAAAUGGAACUGGUCGAGUUAAGUGAUUGAUAUUCCAAGCAUCUUUCAGUGAUCUCAAGAAAUUGAUAUUCUGGUCUUUACUCUAGUUAAAACUAAAAUGACUUUCCCAAUAAUAAACAUUGAACUAGUCUCACAUUUUAAAA